AUGGAACACAGUAAUAUAUUUAAAAUCUGUAAACGGUUGGGAUGUUGUGACGCCUGCUGCCUUAGGUAUAUAGGUUUGAAGAGUUCUGCGGCUUUCGAAGACCCUAAACAAACCGCGGCUCAGUAUGAAGAAAAACAGGCGACAAUUGAAUCUGAUAAUAGUGAAAACAAUAUGAUGGUAGGAUGUAAGGACAUUUCAAAAGCAAAUGCCGAAGAGAAUGAUACCGACGAAGAUGGUUCACCUCCUUCAAAAAAGCUCAAAUCUGCCAUAUGUGUGACAUGUUUAGGUAUACUUCAAGAAGAAACAUGGUCUGAUAGUCUAAUUAUGGUCAAAGAAGAACUAGAAAAGAAAAGGUAUGCAUGUGGAACAUUCGCUUGUGCUCUGUCUGCACCGAUCGCUACAAUUCUACGCGAGAGGGCUGUGGCUCUGCACCUUCAAAACGAGAUUCAACAUUACGAUUCUAAUGUCUUGACACCGUUAAAGGAAGCCUGGAAAUGGUCCUUCGGCACCAAAUUGGCUGCUUUUAUUGAUAAAAACCUUGACUCGGGAGCGGUGUCUCCCUUGUUAGUCACUUUGAAUAUUGAAUAUGCGGACGAUUUAAAGGAGCUGGAGAUACUGAAGACGAUCGCGGCGCCGCUGUUCGAGUCACGCAGCCAGCAACGGAAGCGCUUCACGACGGAGUUCACUAGACGGUCUGUGGAGCAGGCGCUGGAAGGCGUCACGCUUCAAGCGCUCACCGACGCCAGCGACAGCGGCUGCUUACCCUCGGUCACUAAAGCGGCUGAAUGCUCGAGCGUCGUCUGCUCCCACGCACCUUCGUAUUUAGGCGGCAGGUACAUAAAACUCAGCCGCGAGCUGCCGCAGACGCCGUGGAUUGUGGCCGGGAGGCGGGUGAUGCCCUCGUCCGUCCAGGAGAUCAUCUUCCAGCCCCUCAUCGACCUUUACGGGAUGAGUGAGGUGGAGGGCGAGAAGCGGUUGAAGCUGAUAGCGGCUGGGAGGGAGGAUGUGGACGUGCGCUGCUUGGCAGACGGACGUCCAUUCGCAAUAGAGAUAACGGACCCGCAGAGGCAGCUAAGCGCCGAAGAGCUGGAAAGCGCUUGUAAGCUCAUCUCCAAAGGUGGGGAGGUCGUCGUCAAACAACUGGUACCCAUCCUCAAAGAGGACCUGGCGCUGUUGAAGAAGGGCGAAGAGACGAAGACCAAAACUUACGAAGCGCUCUGCAUCAAGCUCUCACACUCCAAAUAUGACGAGGCGGCGGAGGGCGCGCCGGUGCGCGUGACGGCGGGCGACGUGUCGCGCGUGAACGCGUUCCGCAACACGCCGCCCGGCGACGAGGCGCGCGUGCGCAUCGCGCAGCGCACGCCCAUCCGCGUGCUGCACCGGCGCACGCUGCUCGCGCGCACGCGCCACCUGCUCGAGCUGCACGCCGCGCCCGUGCCAGGCCACCCGCAGCUGAUGCGCGUGCGCGUGCGCACCUCCGCCGGCACGUACGUGAAGGAGUGGGCGCACGGCGAGCUGCGGCGCACCAGCCCCGCGCUGCCCCAGCUGCUCGGGGCGCGCGCGGACCUGCUCGCGCUCGACGUCACCGCCGUGCACCUGCCCUGGCCGCCGGGGCGAGACGCCACGACC